CAAUCCUCUCCGGUACGGACCAGCGAUUAUCGAUAAUGCUAAGCCGGCGCAGUUCAAUCUAUGCGGCUAGAACCUUAGAGCUCAAUAAUCACUGCGCGCAUAUAAGCUGGGGAACAUAUCAAACCCCCUUUAAAAACGUUUUUAACACAAAGACAGCCCAAUUAAAAAAAAGCAACAGCAAUGAGCAGCAACGGUGUAGUUGGCAUAAACAACUCUGCCAGUGACGAGGUAGUGGCUACUCAAAAGGAUUCAAAAGGCGAAUCCCGUCACUCAGUGAUGUCCGUCGAAGAAGAAGUGAAGCAUGACAAGGGCGUCGAUUUCAUUGCUGCGCUACCAAUCGAACUUUUGUCCUGGGUGUUCGCUCAUGUGCCAAACCUACAGCUCGUAGAGUGCAUGCUGGUGAACAAGAACUGGCGUACUCUAGUGGGGGAUUGUCGGGAAGCAUGGCGCGAAGUAGAGGUGUCUUCGAGCAGCGGCACAUUGAACAAUGCGAUGUUUUUUAAAGUUACGCAGGCAGCAGCAGGCCAUAUCCAUCGGUUAGAACUUACUGACCCCGGAGACCAGUGGAUCCAGUUGAUAAGCGAAUGUAAAACUUUACAUACCCUGCUUAUAAAAUCUACAAGAUUAUCAUCCAGCUUGCUUCUUCAAAAUCUGCGGAAGGUCAGCCCUACAUUGAAACGUCUCCAGCUAUACAUCCAGGCUGUCAACGACGAUAUAUUUGUUCCCGUUUGGUCAAUAUGCACCCACCUUACGCAUCUAGCACUGUACGUCAAUCAGAUACGAGCUAUUGAAGAUUCUUUCGACAAUCUGCCUGUUUUAUCAGACCUCGUCCACCUAUCAUUGCAUGUAUCGGUUUCUGCAAUGGUAGAUAUGCCUCGCAAACUCGAUAGCAUAUUCCGUGCUUGUCCGAAUCUGGAAUAUUUUGAAAACGGUUUAUAUCCUUGUCCGACAGUGCUGCUCGAACGACUCCGGCAGCGUUUACCAAGACUUCAGCAUCUUUUUUGGAAGGAGUUUCCUUUGGGGGCAAAAGGUUGGGACAGAUCGGCAGUAUCGACGUCUGAAGAACUGGGAUCAUCAUCAUUAACAAUAACAACGAGUCAACGGUUGAGGACGAUAUCAAUGCUGUUGGGUGCUAGAGACGUCUCACAGGGAUAUCAGAUCUGUUCAUUCUUGGCGCAUAGUAGGAGCUCGUUGGAAACAGUAGAAAUACACGGGCCAUUAGGCAUUGAACCUGAAGAAUUCCGUGGCUGGGACGCGUUUUCCAGUUUGCAUGGAGAUUGUCUGCGGGCACUUACGCUCAAGCGUUUAGCAAUCGAUACCAACACCAUACUCUCACUGCUGCGCCAAUGCCGGUCACUUCAUGCAAUCACACUCGACCAGAUGCCCCUCAUACAAGACCCGUUUUUUGAUGCCCUGUUGGAUCUCGCGCACCUGGAACAGCUUCGGAUCAUUCGAGGAUGCUCUCGAUUAACGUCCGACCGUCUAACGUAUUUCUUGAAUAACAUCGCAUCACAAAGCGGAAUAACAGGAAGUGAUAACAAUGAUAAUAAAGAGCAACAACACGCACCAGCACUCAAAGACAUCCAUUUGUGCAGCCAUCUUAUUAGCAACGCCAGCCUUGCUGCACUUGCUAACAUACAAAGCAUCGAAAAGUUGCAAUUAUCUGGCAACAGGAGCCUUGCUAUCGGGGACGCGCUGGAAGUGGUAGCGAGGCAGCUUACCAAUCUUGUCGAAGUGCGUUUGAUCACGAUAAGCGCCUGCAGCGACACGUUUAUGAUUAACUUGUCGCAUCUGAAACGCCUGGAACGGGUAGAACUGCUUGCUUUGCGCCAAGUCAGCAACGACGGUGUUAUGGCGCUCGCUAACAACAGCUCAAGUUUGAAAUAUAUCGCGGUUCGAGUGUGUCCAAUGAUUACUCAGGAAGCGAUGACUUAUGCUCAACAAAAAAAUAUCUGUGUUAGAUAUGCUAAAGCUUGAUUGUCAUAUCUGUAUAGAUAUAGGAUCAGUGUGUGUAUCAAUAAAGAACAGGUGUCGUAGUGAUAAGGAU